AUGCUGCGCUCCACGUCCACCGUCACCCUGCUCUCUGGCGGCGGCACCAGGGCGCCCGGGACACCCAGCCGGAGGGCAAAUGUCUGCAGACUGCGGCUGACCGUACCUCCCGAGAGUCCCGUUAGUGAGGAAAGUGAGAAGAAGGUGGAAAGAAAAGAGCAACAUCCUGACCCAAGCAAUGGGGAACCAACCAGGAAACUUCCUCAGGGCGUUGUCUAUGGCGUGGUGCGAAGAUCCGAUCAAAAUCAGCAGAAAGAAAUGGUGGUGUAUGGGUGGUCCACCAAUCAGCUGAAAGAAGAGAUGAAUUACAUCAAAGAUGUGAGAGCCACCUUGGAAAAAGUAAGGAAGCGGAUGUACGGAGACUAUGAUGAAAUGAGACAGAAGAUUCGGCAGAUCACCCAGGAGCUGUCAGUUUCACAGGCUCAGAAGGAUUACCUGGAGAAUCACAUCGAAACACAGUCGUCAGCCCUGGACAGCUUUAAUACCACGAACUCUGCGCUAGCAUCAGACUCCAUCGACCUGCAGAAAACGCUUGUGGAUGUCACUUUGGAAAAUAGCAACAUUAAGGAUCAAAUCAGAAACCUGCAGCAGACAUAUGAAGUGUCCAUGGACAAGCUGCGGGAAAAGCAGAGGCAGUUAGAGGCCGCACAAGUUGAAAACCAGCUGCUGAAAAUGAAGGUGGAGUCCUCCCACGAAGCCAACGCCGAGGUGCUGAGAGAGAUGACCAGGAAGCUGUACAGCCAGUACGAGGACAAGCUGCAGGAGGAGCAGCGGCGGCACAGCGCCGAGAAGCAGGCGCUCCUGGAAGAAACCAAUAGUUUUCUGAAAACGAUUGAAGAAGCCAAUAAGAAGAUGCAGGCGGCAGAGAUCAGCCUGGAGGAGAAAGACCAGAGGAUUGGGGAGCUGGACAGGCUGAUUGAGCGCAUGGAAAAGGAACGCCAUCAGCUGCAACUACAACUCCUAGAGCAUGAAACAGAAAUGUCUGGGGAAAUAACCGACUCUGACCACGAAAGGUAUCAGCAGCUGGAGGAGGCGUCAGCCAGCCUCCGGGAACGGAUCCGACAUCUGGAUGACAUGGUGCAUUGCCAGCAGAAGAAGGUCAAGCAGAUGGUUGAGGAGAUUGAAUCAUUAAAGAAAAAGGUGCAACAGAAGCAGCUCUUAAUAUUGCAGCUUUUAGAAAAGAUAUCUUUCUUAGAAGGAGAGAAUAAUGAAUUACAAAGCAAGUUGGAUUACUUAACAGAAAACCAGCCCAAGACUGAAGUGGAAACCAGAGAGGUUGGAGUGGGCUGUGAUCUUGUACCCAGCGAAGCACAUCGGACCCGUGAAGUCUCCGCAAUGCCUUCCAGGAACUAUGUCCCGUACGCACGAGUCCUGGAGUUAACCAUGAAGAAAACUCUGACUUAG